AAUUUCAUCCAUAGCUGUUCCUUCCUCCCCAAGGCCUGACUGAAUAGAAGCAGAGCAUGAACAUGGAGAAGCUGCCCCUGUGUUUUCUGGUCAUCACGAGUCUCUCAAAUGCUCUUCCCCAGAACGACCUGAGUGGGAAAGCCUUUGUGUUCCCCAAACAAUCUCAGGAUUCCUAUGUGACCCUGAUACCACAACUAGAGAAAUCCCUGAAUGCCUUCACAGUGUGCCUGAAAGUCUACAGUGAACUGACCAGAAGCUAUUCUCUUUUUUCUUUUGCUACUCAGACACGAUAUAAUGAGAUUCUCCUCUUUCAUGAAGGGAACAGCAAGUAUAGCUUGUCUGUAGGUGAUGUUGGGGUACCGUUCCAGGUCCCUGAGGCCUCUUUUGAACCAAGACACUUUUGUGCCAGUUGGGAGUCAGAGUCAGGCAUUGCUGAACUCUGGGUGGAUGGGAAGCCAAUGGCGAGGAAAUCUCUAAACAAGGGAUAUGUUGUGGGGAAACAAUCAAAGAUUAUCCUUGGGCAAGAGCAGGAUUCCUUUGGGGGAGGGUUUGAUGAGAAGCAAUCUCUAGUAGGGGACAUUGGAGAUGUAUUCAUGUGGGAUUUUGCAUUGUCACCCACAGAGAUUAAUAUUAUAUACACUGGUGGGACCUUUAGUCCUAAUGUUCUAGACUGGAGGGGCCUGAACUUUGAGAAAAAGGGCUAUGUGGUCAUUAAGCCAAAGCUGUGGGUCUGAGCUCUUGUUCCCUGAUGAGAUUCAAGCUCUUCUAAUUGUUCCUUCCCCUUAAAGAAAUUAAACUUCAUUUUCCAUACA